AUGGGUGACUGGUCCAUACUUGGUCGCUUCCUGUCAGAAGUCCAAAACCACUCUACAGUGAUAGGCAAGAUCUGGCUCACCAUGCGGCUGAUUUUCCGUAUUCUGCUCGUGGCCUUAGUGGGUGACGCUGUCUACAGUGAUGAGCAGUCACAUGUUACAUUCACAUGUAACACCCAGCAGCCUGGAUGUAACAACGUCUGUUAUGACACUUUUGCUCCUGUUUUGCAUCUUCGGUUUUGGGUCUUCCAAAUUGUGCUGGUCUCCACUCCAUCCAUCUUCUACAUAGUUUUUAUUCUACAUAAGAUUGCCAAAGAUGAAAAGCUGAAUGGCCAAAGGGCACAGAUGGUAGCCCAGAGGUAUCCCCAAUCGAGAUGUGGGCGCAUUGGGAAGGAUGGCAUGGAGGUCUUAAAGGUUGACAUGCCCACCUACUGUCAUUACAGGGAAGAUUGGGAUGCAAAAGAGAGAGAAGGAGUAGAGCAAAGCUCUCUGGAGGAGGAUGGUGGCAAAGUAGGAGAGGACCCUACGCAGCAGUCCAAUCGGGUUCUGCUCAUCUACAUUCUUCAUGUGUUACUACGAUCAGUCAUGGAGAUUACCUUUCUGGUGGGCCAAUUCUUCUUGUUCGGGUUCACGGUGCCUCAACUGUACCGCUGUGAGACCUACCCUUGUCCCACACGUACAGACUGCUUUGUGUCGCGUGCCACUGAGAAAACCAUCUUCUUGAACUUCAUGUUCAGUAUAGGUUUUAGCUGCUUUCUACUCAACAUAGCAGAGCUCCACUACCUUGGCUGGGUCUACAUUUUCCGCAUCCUCUGCUCGGCCUGUUUCACCUGCUGCAGUCAUGAGAGGGACACUAUCAGACUCUACUCAAACCACAACGCCCUCCUGCUGCAGCUAAGGCAUUCUCUUAGGAGCCAGUUGGCUCUGUAGAACUCCAGAACAGCCCUGGCUCCGGAAAAAAAUGGGGGUUUGCUCACACAAGAUAGUUGGUUUGGCCCAACUAUCUCCUUGGAGACGGACUCAGCAGUGGACUGCACGUCCAAGAUAAGUCCUAAGAACAGAGACAAAAUUAAGUUCAAAUUGACCAACAUGGCGAGGCUGGGACGGACUAAGAAGUCUUGGCUAUGACAGUGGUAUUUUCCUGUACUGCCCUUCAAUGGGCUCUCACAGGCCUGAAACAGAUCCUUUAUGAACAUUUAAUGCAGACCUAUUUUAGCUAACGCUAGUUUCCUUAAUUAGCAAGAAACUUAUUUUAAAAGGUACCAAUGCAAUGAUUUUGUGGAAUGCCAUUAAAUUAAGGCAAAAAAAGACUUCAGGAAGAGAAAGGAGGAAACUCCAAAUCUUUUUUUUCAAUUUGUAUGGCAAUUUUUGUAACUUCCCGAAACCAGUAAUCCAACAUUCAUACCUACUUAAUCCAGCAUUUUUCAGACAAGUAUAGGGACGAAAAAACAGGCAUCGUUUGAACUUCUAUCUCAGCUAUGGUUUUCCUUCUUAACACCCUUCAGCCAAAAAGUUAAAUCUAUUUGUACAGAUUUAAACAUUAACUAUUUUGUAAUGUUUUUUUGAAACUGUUGACGAGCAUCAAUAAUGCAGCUGCAUUAUUGAAUAUUACGUUGUAGGACAAUAGACAUCAAAAACAAAGAACAUACAUUUUUGUGUUUGUAAUUUUUGCUUUUCCACUAUGAACAUACCAACCAUUCAAAACCCGUGUAGAAUAUUAUGUAGUAUGGAGAUGAUUCUACCGUGUUAUAGAUUUUGGGACGCACGACUUUUAGUCACAGAAAUGUUUAGAUAUUUUUGAAUUUCAUUGAUAGUAGUACAUUUAAGAAUUUAAAAGAAUUUAAUUUGAUUCAUUUAGUGUUGUGAUGAUAGAGCUGUGAUUUUACAGACAUUUAUUUUAUUCAUUGAAAUUAUUCCCGUUGGCUCAAAUGUGACAUACACUGUAACAAAUUGCUGUAAAUUUACGG